UAAAAAACGUCACCCUAGCAACAAAUGUUAUUUAAUCGAUUUUACUGGCCUUUGAAAUUCCUUGACGUGAAUCAAAUACACAAAUUCCAGCACAUCAAAGUUGUCCAACAUCGCAAGCAGUUCAAGUCGAGUAUUAUAUAUUUUCUAUACGAGCUUUAAGAUAAUCCAAAGAGAUGAGUGCCAGUGGAAAUGCGCCGCGAAGACAGCGAAAAAUACGCGAACAAUGCGGUUCAUGUCCGGAUCGCUUUUCGCGCGAUAAACGACAGGUUGUUGUGGAGGAUUCCGAUACCACUGAGGAGGAAUCCUCCACCGACGAGGAGGAGCGCUGGAAGGAUGUGGCACGAGCUGCCGAAAUACCCGCUGAAUACUAUAAUAUCCAAAAACUGGUGAAGUACAUCAAGGCGGGCAAUCAGACAGCAACGAUUGUGUCGCUUUGCUGCCUGCAGGAUUACGAUCUGCGCACACAAAUCAAUCAGUUUGCCAUCCAGGACAUUGGCGGUCUCGAUGUGCUCGUCAACAUCCUCGAGUGCAACGACACCAAAUGCUGUUUGGGCGCACUCUCUGUGCUGUCGGACAUCACACUCAACAUUGACAUACGCAAGACAAUCGUUGAUCUCGAUGGCAUUCCUCUUAUUGUGGAUAUCCUAAGUUCCUCCAUGAGGGAUCUGAAGACUAUGGCAGCCGAGACCUUGUCGAAUGUCAGCAAAGUGCGACUGGCUCGCAAAUAUGUGCGCCAAUGUGGCGGCAUCUCCAAGUUGGUCGAUCUGCUGGACAUCAAGAUGAGCAUAUUGCAGACUCCGCGCGAUCAGCUGACUGUGGAGGAGAUCGAGUGCCUGGACAUGGCACGCGCCGGAUCCCGAGCCCUGUGGACACUGGCCGACUCCAAGCACAACAUGGAGCAGAUGCGGAAGAGCGGAAUUGUGCCACUCAUGGCCAACCUGUUGAAGUCGGUCCACAUCGAUGUGGUCAUACCCAUAAUGGGCACCGUGCAGAAAUGUUCGUCGGAGCCAAAGUUCCAGCUGGCAAUCACUACAGAAGGCAUGAUAGCGGACAUUGUGAAUCACUUGAAGUCGGAGUGCAUUGAUCUCAAGGUGGAGGGCAGCUCAGCGCUCUACAAGUGCGCCUUCGAUGCAACCACGCGGGAUUUAGUGCGAGAGGCAGGUGGAUUGGAGCCACUGGUGGCCAUACUCAAGGACAAGACGGUGCGGGAUAACAAACCAUUGUUGCGAGGAGCAACUGGCGCCAUCUGGAUGUGUGCGAUGACGGAUGAGAAUGUAAAGGAGCUGGACGACAUGAAUGUCAUACACCAUUUGGUUGCUCUGCUGGCCGAUGAAUGUGAUGAGGUGUUGACCAAUGUGACUGGAGCGUUGUCUGAGUGUGUGCGUUUCCAGGAGAAUCGUGUGGCUGUCUUAAACGCUGGAGGAUUACCAUCGAUGGUGUCGCUGCUCAACUCGUCGCAUGCGCCGCUGCUCGAGAAUCUGGCGAAGGCGAUCAAAGAGUGCGCUGAGGAUGCCGAUUGCAUGCGUGUGCUCGAGAAAUUGGACGCAGUGCGUCUGGUGUGGUCACUGCUCAAGAACACCAGUCCGCGUGUCCAGGCCAAUGCUGCCUACGCCAUCUGUCCGUGUGUCAAGAAUGCCACAGACUCGGCGGAGUUGGUGCGCAGUCUCGUUGGUGCCAUGGAACUCGUUGUGGGUCUGCUAAAGUCCAAGGAAAUUAUGGUCUUAUCGGCUGUCUGUGCGGCGAUUGCCACCAUUGCCCUCGAUCAAACCAAUCUGGCCAUACUCUCGGAUCUGCGUGUCAUCUAUAAGCUGGCGGAUCUGGUCAACACCACCGAUGACAAUCUGCGCAUGAAUCUCGCUGCUGCGGUUGCUGCAUGCGCUUGCUUCGGCAACAACACUGAAGAAUUAGGACGUCUGCGCACUGUGACGCCCAUUGUCACUUAUAUGACCAGCGACAAUCCGCUCGUGCAUCGCACCACGGCCAUGGCCCUGGAGAAGCUGUCGAUGGAUCCACAGAACUGCAUCACAAUGCACCAGAGCGGAGUUGUGCCCUUUCUUCUGGAGUGCAUUGGCUCUACCAACAAGGAGCUGCAAUUGGCUGCUGCUGGAUGUCUGCGCAACAUUCGUGAGUUGGCGCUGCGUGCCGAGGAAUAUAUGCUGAAGAUCGACGACGAUUAGACACGAAACUUUCUACAUACUUCAUUCUUCUUUUACGCUGUUUAAAUUGUUUGCAAGUGCUUCAAAUAAAUGAUGCAGCAAAAGCUG